GUUUCCCCGGGAAGUGAGGAGCACGGCACGGAACCAGCGCUUUCGUGGGGUGCGCGCCCGGGGGUACCCCGCACGCCCCAGACUCGGCCGCGGCAGCGGGGCGGGGCCGCGGCGCCAACUUGCUCAAGUUGGCUGCGCGCUGGGAGCCGCUCAGCGGUGGCUCCUCCCCGGCCUCCGCCCACCUCCGCCGCCCGUCCGGCCCGUGCGCGCCGCAGCACGCGCGCCCCGUCCGGACCCCGCUGCGGGGAUGGGCGCGCUGGCCCGGGCGCUCCUGCUGCCCCUGGUAGCCCAGUGGCUGCUACUGCCCGCGGCCGCGACCCCCGCGCCCUUCACGCUGCCUCUCCGAGUGGCUAUGGCGACGACUCACCCGGCCUCCCCAGCCCCGGUGCCCGGGACCCCCGCGUUGCCCCGUGCGGAUGGUCUGGCGCUGGCCCUGGAGCCUGCCGGUGCUGCCGCCAACUUCUUGGCUAUGGUGGACAAUCUGCAGGGGGACUCCGGUCGCGGCUACUACCUGGAGAUGCUGAUCGGGACCCCGCCGCAGAAGCUGCAGAUCCUCGUUGACACUGGAAGCAGCAAUUUCGCUGUGGCGGGCGCGCCUCAUUCCUACGUAGACUCCUACUUUGACUCGGAGAGGUCCAGCACAUACCGGUCCAAGGGCGUCGAUGUCACCGUGAAGUAUACACAAGGCAGCUGGACAGGCUUCGUGGGCGAGGAUGUGGUCACCAUCCCCAAAGCCUUCAACAGUUCUUUUCUUGUCAAUGUUGCCACUAUCUUUGAGUCGGAGAAUUUCUUUCUGCCUGGGAUUAAGUGGAAUGGGAUCCUUGGGCUUGCUUAUGCCACCCUGGCUAAGCCAUCAAGCUCUCUGGAAACAUUCUUCGAUUCCCUAGUGACACAGGCCAAGAUCCCCAACGUGUUUUCCAUGCAGAUGUGCGGGGCUGGAUUGCCUGUAGCCAGAUCGGGUACCAACGGAGGUAGUCUUGUACUGGGUGGGAUUGAACCAAGUUUGUAUAAAGGAGACAUCUGGUAUACUCCCAUUAAGGAGGAAUGGUAUUAUCAGAUAGAAAUCCUGAAACUAGAAAUCGGAGGCCAAAGCCUUAACCUGGACUGCAGAGAGUACAAUGCAGACAAGGCAAUCGUGGACAGUGGCACCACGCUGCUGCGCCUGCCCCAGAAAGUGUUUGAUGCAGUGGUGGAUGCUGUGGCCCGCACAUCUCUGAUUCCAGAAUUCUCUGAUGGCUUCUGGACGGGAGCCCAGCUGGCAUGCUGGACGAAUUCAGAGACACCGUGGGCCUACUUUCCGAAAAUCUCCAUAUACCUGCGAGAGGAGAACUCCAGCCGGUCUUUCCGCAUAACCAUCCUGCCUCAGCAGCUUUACAUCCAGCCCAUGAUGGGUGCUGGCCUGAACUAUGAGUGCUACCGCUUCGGCAUCUCUCCCUCGACCAACGCGCUGGUGAUCGGGGCCACAGUGAUGGAGGGCUUCUAUGUGGUCUUUGACCGAGCUCGCAGGAGGGUAGGCUUUGCGGCAAGCCCCUGUGCAGAGCUCGCAGGCGUCCCCGUGUCUGAGGUGUCCGGGCCCUUCUCCACUGAAGGCAUCGCCAGCAACUGUGUCCCCUCGCACUCUCUGCAUGAGCCUGUCCUGUGGAUCGUGUCCUAUGCGCUCAUGAGCUCCUGUGGGCUCAUCCUCCUGAUCCUCCUCAUCUUGCUGCUGCUGCCCUUCCGGUGCCGCCACAUGCCCCGUGACCCCGAGGUCAUCAAUGAUGAGUCCUCUCUGGUCAGGCAUCGCUGGAAGUGAAGCGCAGGGCCACUUGCAGCAGGCCUGGCGACCUGGACUCCGGCUCCUCCAACUCCAGGACAGCAGGUGGCGCCGGCGCCGGCAGGGUUCUCCUUCUGCGCGUGCAUCUUGCAGCUCAGUUCUGCUCCCGGACGCCUCCACGUUCCCAGUGUCUUGAUUAGUCUUAAUUUUAAGCUUCCACCUUUUCUUUUCUACUUCCAAGGGGAAAAAAAAAUGAUAAUAAUAAUAAUAAAAGAGAAAUGCCUUAUUCUAAACCAAAACAGAGUGAAUUGGGCUUCGGGCUUAUGGCACGGGUAAUGCCAGGCAUUCUAGAUGUGCCACCAAAGCAGGCCGUGAUAAGCCGCUGCCAGUCAUCUUCACUCCGGCCCCCGGAGCCUCAGUCUGUGUGGCUUCUAACGUGCUUCGCUGGUAGGAAGCUUUUGUGUUAACUGCAUUUCAGGGCAGCUUGCAGCAGGCCUGACCCUGGGUCAGGGUGGCAAGAAGACAGCACGAUGGCCGAGAAAUGAGCCCGGAGGAGGCGCUGAGAGUGGGGCCACCUUACUCUCUCCCAGCUUUUGGUGGGUCCCUGGGCCCAGCUGGGGUGGUGCCUUCCAGGACGUCAGCCUACCCAUACCAGCCUCUCCUGUAGACAGAGGUCUGUGCCCCUCAGGGGCGUGGGAUGACAGGCAUUUGCCUGCAACAACACUCCUGUGGUGUGGUUAGUGUAAAAGUAAAAGCACUGCCUCUCUGUGGUUUUGCCGAGGGCCCUGGGCAUGGUGGGGUGAGGGCAUCCUGACUCCACAAGAUCCCUCCUCUCUGCAUGGUCUAGCUGGUGUGACCACACCCACUUACAGUUGCUCUGGAUACAUAGUGCUUUGAUAAGGGUCACAAAGUCUAUGUCACUAGUGUCAUUUCUCUCUCCAAAUCUUCUCUGAAAGUAGCUUGUUAUUACCCUCUGGGGGACAGAGAAAUAGUCAGUUGCCCUGGCUUCUGACCAGCUGGUGGGCAAGAAGCUUCCAGGUGUGGCGUCAUUUCCACGGUUCCUGUGCAGCCCGCUCAGGCUCGAGGGUGCCAUCAGAAUCAUUCAGUGAGCCGGGUGACCUCUGCCUUCCUCCCUUUGAUGUGCUUGGCUUUAGAGACAGGGUUCAGUAAUGUCCCUGUGUGGGGGGCAUAGCCCCUACCAGUAUUUAUGUGAAGCCUUUGCCAAAGGAUGGUGGAGCCUUUUAUCCUCGCCACCUUCUUGUGGUUCCCCCAAGGCCAUGCCUCAUCCUUUGCAGCAAGACAUCUGAGUUCCUGAACAAUAGGAGGGAUUGAAGCCCUGCUGGUGCGGCAGGCUCGAGGUGCUGUCCUGGAAUCCCGAGGCCAGCCAGACCUGUUCUUGGCAGGGGAUGAUGUUGGGCACAGUGCUCUGUAUUCCUUAUCAGAUGUACCUGCUUUAUGCUGUUGGAUGGGAUGUUUGAACACGACACUUAAAUUACAAAAGUGUCCCUUAGCAAGAAGAAGGAACUACACAGUUGAAUGGGGGACAUCAGAAGUGCGAUGGUGGCACCCAGCCUUCUGGAGCUGUGCUCUUGCAUCCUCUGCUUAGCAGACCCACAGGGUGGUCUUCUGUGAAUGGGAAAGGGGGUGGCAGCCCUUGGACGGAGGCAGUUCCCAUUGCAGUUCACCAUGGAAAAUGCCAGAACAUGGUUGUUUCUGGAACCAUCAGCUCUCUGGUGAGAAGUGGAUGUUUUGAAGUGGACAGUCUUCGUUUCAAUAGGACAGUGUUUUUCCUUCCUGAUAACUUAUUUAGAAGUCAGAAAUGAAACUCUGCCUUUAGUAACUAAAACUGUUUAUAAUCACAUCAAGAAAUGAGCCUGGGAUCAAUCCCGUUGUUUUUCUCUCAUGCGGUUUAAAAGAAGCACGUAUGACGGGCACCAGAGCUCUCAGCGUAAGGGAAGCAGAUGCCCUGCAGGUGACAUGGGGACUGUUCUGGGCCAUCCUGCCCCUGAAUUGGGAAAGACUUUGCCUGAUCCAUCCUAAAGCCCAGAAGUUUCAGCUGGAGAUGAAGUUGGGAUCCGCAGCUGGUCAGAAUUGUACAAGGCAUUCACAGCAAGAUGGCGUUAAGCUCUCUACAGAGCGUGGGGUGAUAGAUUUUGAAAGGCAGUUGUGAUUUGGGCUUCCAUUCUCUUGUGUAAGCGAUGAAGAGGGAUUAUCUUAGUCCUUAAUUUAAAAAGGGGAUUUAUGAAAUUCCUCUUUCUCCUUCCCCACUCGGUAGAGCAGGCACACAUGCUCCGUCCUGAGUUCUGGCUUCUUGCCACCCCAUGUCCCUGGGAAUAAAUCUCUGCCCAGCACUCGCCAAGAAUAAUUGAGUUCUGAAGACUUUAUCCUUAUUAGUGGAAUCCUAUGUGUUUUCUCUUGCACAAACUUAUUAGAAUUGAUUAGAGAACCACUCAGAGGCAACCCUGCCACUAGAAUACUUUUUAAGGGAAAAACAUACCAUAAAAUGUAAAACUGUGGGGUUUGCCAAGAAACGUACUAUGUUCUUAGUGCCAGGAAAACUGUACAUCACAGAAAUUAUUUUAUACAUCUCUUUUGGACUUGUAGCAGUUUACAAGUUAAAUAUCAACCCAGAAAAAUACAUUUUGAGAGUUGAGGGGAGGAAAAUAAAAAUGCAGUAAAAAGUAUGCUAGCGAAAUAAGCAGGACUGGCUCUUGGAAAACACUUUCAUUCCAAGCAUGCACAGAUUUUUUUCUUGCCCCUAAGGUUGCAGAGUCUGGUGGAGAUCCGAGUGGCUUCACAGAGCCACAAGCCUCCAACCAAGAGUACACAAGCUGGAGUCAUGCACGGACAGCACUGACGGCACAGGGUGACUGCCCAAGCCAACGAGGGCCAGUUCCUUCCAGAGAGUGAAGGAUCAUGGGAACUUGGUAAAACCCAGGGUCUGGGGAAGGGGCAGACAGGAGCCAGAAAAGAGCUUGCUCCCCUCAGCCUGCAAUCAUCACCACAGUGGACACCCUGACACCCCAGGACUCUGUGGACACGUCUCUAUGCAAGUGUUUGCCAGUCUAUUUUUUAGGGAUUUUCCCAACAGACCAUUGAUCAAAGAGAAAAUGUGAGGUGAAGGGAAGCUCGCGUCACAGUGUAUUUAGAGUGUGGCUGUUGUCAUAAAUCUCGAGUUGCUGGACUCCUGAAGUAGGACACAGGCCUGGAUGUGGGCUCUAGGCUGCAGCCUGAGAAGUUCAUAGGGUAGAAAAUGGUGGCCCAGGGGUGUCACCCAGUUCCCUUUGGGGUCUAAGCAUCCAGGAAGGGGAUAGUCCCUCCUGUCAGCCUUUACAUUUUCCUCUCAGGUUGGCCCUGUGCCUUGGCACCCUGACCAGGUCCAGGAGACCUGUGCACACACCCCAGUCUUGCCCAGGGUCAGCGCAGAUGGAGUGCAGGAAUGUGCUACAGUGAGCUCUUGGAUUGGGCCAGCGCCCUGGGCAGGUGUGUGUGGGCGAGGCUUACAGUGGUGGUAAAGGCCUGUGCCACAGUCUGGGAGGGGGGACACACACCAAAGCUGAGACUGGUAAUGAUGUGUGUCUCCCAGAGUGGGUCGUCCAGAGACCUGGCUCCUCAGUGUGCUGAGAGGUCACCAUGACCCCAGUAGACGGCCACAUCUCCCCUCUGGCCAGCUUCCCUGGGAUCUCUGGUGAUCAGAUGUGACAUCUGGACCCCAGGUCUUCCAGAAUGUGCUGCUCUGUGGUUCGUACAGAGCCUUUACUCAUAAGGACGCAGGAGACACCACAGGGCUUUCUGAUGAGUUCUGACCUGGCCCACAGUGACAGAUGCAGACCUCGUCUCUGGGAACCACAGCAGCAGAAUAGGGAGACUUCCUUCCUGUACAGUGGAGCAUCAUUUGAAUAACAACCAGGAAAAGUAGUCUACCUCACAUGGUGCCCACGCCCAGCACCUGGGCCACAGCAGUGCAAUCAGAAAGUACGGUGAGUGCCAAAAAGUCUUCACAUUUGUGGCAGUACAAGGCGUGUUGCCACCCCUCUCCUCCAGAUGCUCCCCACUCCACACUCAUUGUCCUGGCCCCGUCCUGCAGCAGCUCUGGCAUCCUCUCUCCUGGGUGUCUAGUUGCAUUAUCACAGCUGCCUCAGUGUCCUGAAUUGAUGCAAAAUAUUUCCCUUUCAAGGUCAUGUCAGCUUUGGAGAACAGGCAGAAGUCACACAGUGCCAGAUAUUAGGAGUGAGGCGACUGAGGGCACAGUGUCCUGUUUUCACACACCUCCGUUCCUUUCCGCUGGACGGAACUUGGCAGCAGCAUUUACCGUAUUUUUGAUCACACCUCUUAAAAAGACACUCAGGGAAGAGGACACCAGAGCUGCUGAAGCAAGUGCCCAGAACAGUGGGCUAAAUGUGUGGGAGUGGGGGGGGGUGCGUGUGAAGAAGUAAGGAUCUAUUAAUCUAUGUAAAAAUCACACAAAAUAAAAUUUGUGAGCAAUUCUUUUUCAUGGUUUUUGUUGGUACAGAUGUAAGAUUAGGAUCUGGAGUGUUCUAUUUUCUGGAUUGUGGGUGUGGUGCCUCGUAGCAUCGACUCCGUGCAAGGCUGACUGCAGAGGGUUUGCAAAUCAAAUGCUGACUUGCUGUUACCUAAAAUGUUUAAUUUCCUACUGUUUCUUUUAAGUUGCACUGUUAAAUAUUACGGAAGUUUAAAUGCUUGCAUCCAGACCUUGAACAGAGCUGCCCAUCUUUCCUUAAAGUGGUGGAUGAGGUCCUGGUUCUGGUGGAAAAGCUCUGAGACAGGCACUGGAUUCUUCAAAGAUGCCAAAAGCACUGCUUUGCAAAAUGCAUUUUGUGUAUAUCUUGGGUUUGCAUCCUUUACCAUGUGAUCCUUAAGUGUAACUUGUAUUUCUGAGAAAGCUUAAAAUUAUUUUCUGUUUCCCUUUGAGAAGUCUGCUCUAUUUCCAGGACCCUGAAGCGACUUUAAUUCAAGUUAUUAUCAGAAUGAGAGACAGGGUACAGAGGGGUCCACUUCAUCUUAGAAGCGACUCUGUAGCCAUGGACAUACACCUCAACAAUCGUGCCCUUCAGAACUGGAGUUUUCUAAAAUAAACCUAUUUUUAUACUUGUAUGUUCCACUGAUUUCAGAUGUAUAUCAUUGAAAAAGAAAUAAACCAUGUUGAAUUAUUUGAAUAAAUAAUACCUACAA